GCAGCAACGAGGCGAAGUGCGCGACCGGUAAAUAGUCAAUUAGCGAGGCUCAUCCCUCCAAUGGGCCCGACCGAGAUCCUUCCAAGGAUAAAUAUAGCAAGUGGCCGGCUCCGGGUUCCGGUAUUGCGGCGAACUAGCGCGCUAUUGUGUCCACGUCGGGGAGUGAGCGACACAUAGGUCGCGUAGACACAACGCGCGGCGCCGCCUGACGACAUGACGAUCUACUUUGGGUGGCUGGACUACGUGGUUUUCGGUGCGAUGCUGCUCUCUUCCGCCCUCAUUGGCGUUUAUUUCGCUUUUUUCGCCUCCAAGAGGCAGAACACCACCGCCGAGUACCUGAUGGGCGGGAAGACUAUGGGCAUGUUUCCCAUAUCGAUGUCUCUUAUCGCAAGCUACAUAUCGGGCAUAUCGCUGCUGGGCCUGCCCGCCGAGAUGUAUACCUACGGCACGCAGCUGUGGGCCAUCGUGCUCUCCGAGUGGCUGGUGUCGCUCACAGUGGCCGCCGUCUACCUGCCCGUCUUCUACAACCUGCACAUCACCUCCGCGUACGAGGUGAGCGCUGCUCGUAUGCUACAGGCGUACCUGCGGCUGAGGUUCAACCAAAAGGUGCGGCUGUUGGGCUCCGUCAUCUUCAUCAUAAAGAUGAUGCUUUACAUCCCGAUCGUCAUCUACGUUCCGGCUCUGGCCUUCAGCCAAGUGACCGGCAUCAACCUGCACAUGAUCACACCCAUCGUCUGCUUCGUAUGUAUCUUCUACACGACGCUUGGUGGGCUGAAGGCGGUCGUGUGGACAGACACGCUGCAGACUGGCCUCAUGUUCCUCGGGGUAGUGUUCGUGCUUGCGUACGGCACCUGGCGGCUCGGCGGCGUGCUUCAAGUCUUCAGAAUCAACGAGGAAGGGCAGCGUCUCGAAUUCUUCAAUAUGGACCCCGACCCGACUCUCCGGCACACAUUCUGGACCACCGUGUUCGGCAACUACUUCGGUUGGCUCGCUUCUUGCUCGGUCAAUCAGGCUAUGGUUCAACGCUGCCUCGCACUCUCAUCCCUUAGACGAGCACGGAUAACAAUAUUCAUUAUGGCGGCUGGCAUCUUUACAAUUGUGUCCCUUUGCUGCUACACGGGGCUGGUGAUCUACGCGACGUUCGCGAACUGUGACCCUCUGGCAACGGGCGCUAUCCGCAAGAGCGACCAACUGCUGCCCUACUUUGUGAUGAGCCUAGCCGGUCCCGUUCCCGCUCUGCCCGGCCUCUUCAUGAGCGGGGUGUUCAGCGCCGCACUCAGCUCGAUGUCGACCGGCCUGAACUCGCUGUGUGGCGUCAUCUUCGAAGACCUCAUCAGACCUGCAUACAAGACGCCCAUCUCAGAGCGAGCGGCCAGUUUCAUUAUGAAGAUUAUUGUUGUGCUUAUAGGCGGCGCGUGCGCGGCGCUGGUGUUCCUAGUCGAGCACCUGGGCGCGCUGGUACAGGCGGGCAAAAGCUUGGCUGGCAUCACUGCCGGCAGCCUGCUGGGCAUGUUCUCCAUGGGCCUCUUCCUGCCCUGGGUGAACUCCACCGGUGCUAUGGCGGGCGGUAUCGCGUCCACACUGCUGGUGGGCUGGAUGUCGCUAGGCACGCAGGCGGCCAUCGCUCGCGGGCAACUCUUUCUGGCACCUAAGCCUAGCUCCGUGGACGGCUGCCCCACCAACGCCUCCGCGCUGACGAUCAUCGCCGCGCGCGCCGACUACGACAGGUCGGGAACAUUCUUCCUGUACCGGCUGAGCUACCUGUAUUACACGCUGGUGGGCACGGCGGUGUGCGUCGUCACCGGCCUGCUCGUCUCCUGGUGCACCACGCCCAACGACCCCGCUAUGGUGCAUCGUGACCUGCUGACCCCGGUGGUGCACCGGUGGCUCCCCGCGCAGCACGCGCACUGCCCGCGCCCGCGCCCUACGGAGCUCGCGCUUCCCGCCGACCACUGCACCUCACUUGACCGACUUCACAUCAACCCCUCUAACGACAAGAACAACUCCAGCACUAAGGAGCUGCACACAGAAGAAGGCAAGAUAUUUUGAUUGUCAUCUUAUGUGUGAAGCUUUGUUUUACACUGAAAAUUGUAUUUUAAUUUGAAAAUAAAUAAAAA